CGGCCUUGUUCGGCUCGGCUCGGCCCCACUCGGUCAAGCAGGAGGGGCGGGCGGCGGCGCUGGAAGUGACGCGGCGAGGGCGGGGCCGAAUUGUAGCCACCGUCGCCGCCUCCCGGGCCGGGAAGCGAUGUAGGAACCGCCAGACGGUCCUCAGCUCUCCCCGGCCCGAGCCCCGCGGCCUGCCGCCGCCGCCGCCGCCAUGAAGAAGCAAUUCAACCGCAUGAAGCAGCUGGCCAACCAGACCGUCGGCAGAGCUGAGAAAACAGAAGUCCUCAGUGAAGAUCUGCUACAGAUCGAACGGCGCCUGGACACUGUGCGGUCAAUGUGCCACCAUUCGCAUAAACGGUUGAUAGCAUGCUUCCAGGGUCAGCAUGGCACCGAUGCCGAGAGGAGACAUAAAAAGCUUCCUCUGACAGCACUCGCCCAAAACAUGCAGGAGGCUUCAGCCCAGCUCGAAGAGUCUCUCUUGGGGAAGAUGCUGGAGACCUGUGGGGAUGCUGAGAAUCAGCUGGCUCUUGAGCUCUCACAGCACGAAGUCUUUGUGGAGAAGGAGAUAGUAGACCCUUUCUACAGCAUAGCAGAGGUGGAGAUUCCCAACAUCCAAAAGCAGAGGAAACAGCUUGCUAAACUGGUGUUGGACUGGGAUUCAGUCAGAGCGAGGUGGAACCAAGCACACAAGUCUUCAGGAACCAACUUUCAGGGGCUUCCAUCCAAAAUAGACACCCUAAAGGAAGAGAUGGAUGAAGCUGGGAAUAAAGUUGAACAGUGCAAGGAUCAACUCGCAGCAGAUAUGUACAACUUCAUGGCCAAAGAAGGGGAGUACGGCAAAUUCUUUGUGACGUUAUUAGAAGCCCAAGCAGAUUACCAUAGAAAAGCAUUAGCAGUCUUAGAAAAGGCCCUUCCCGAAAUGCGCGCCCAUCAAGAUAAGUGGGCAGAGAAACCAGCCUUCGGGACACCCCUGGAGGAACACCUGAAGAGGAGUGGGCGUGAGAUUGCUCUCCCUAUUGAGGCCUGCGUCAUGUUGUUGCUGGAGACUGGCAUGAAGGAGGAGGGCCUUUUUCGCAUUGGGGCUGGAGCCUCCAAAUUAAAGAAGUUGAAAGCUGCUCUGGACUGCUCCACAUCUCACCUGGAUGAAUUCUAUUCAGAUCCUCAUGCUGUAGCAGGUGCUUUGAAGUCCUAUUUGCGGGAAUUGCCUGAGCCCUUGAUGACUUUCAGUCUGUAUGAAGAAUGGACACAAGUUGCAAGUGUGCAGGAUCAAGACAAAAAACUUCAAUAUUUAUGGACAACAUGUCAGAAGUUGCCACCACAAAAUUUUGUUAACUUUAGGUAUUUAAUCAAGUUCCUUGCAAAGCUUGCCCAGACCAGUGAUGUAAAUAAAAUGACUCCUAGCAACAUUGCCAUUGUGCUGGGCCCUAACCUGUUGUGGGCCAAACAAGAAGGAACACUGGCUGAAAUAGCAGCUGCCACAUCUGUCCACGUGGUCGCAGUGAUUGAACCUAUCAUCCAGCAUGCAGAUUGGUUCUUCCCUGGAGAGAUAGAAUUCAAUGUAUCAGAAGCAUUUGUUCCUCUUGCUACCCCAAAUUCUAAUCACUCAACCCACACUGGAAAUGACUCUGACUCGGGGACUCUGGAGAGGAAGCGACCUGCCAGCAUGGCGGUGAUGGAGGGGGACUUAGUCAAGAAGGAGAGCUUUGGUGUGAAGCUUAUGGACUUCCAGGCCCACCGGCGGGGUGGCACUCUAAAUAGAAAGCACGCGUCCCCUGCUUUCCAGCCGCCACUCCCGCCCACAGAUGGCAACGCCUUGGCUCCAGCAGGCCCAGAGCCCCCUUCUCAGAGCUCUAGGGCUGACAGCAGCUCAGGGGGUGGGCCUGUCCCCUCUUCUGCGGGCAUAUUGGAGCAGGGGCUGAGCCCAGGUGACAGCAGUCCUCCAAAACCCAAAGACACUGUGUCUGCAGCUGUCCCUGCACCAGGAAGAAACAACAACCAGGUGACCACGGGCCCAAGCCAGGCCCAGGCAGGUGGCAGCUCCCAUCAGCUCUCAGUGGGCACACCUCACAGUGCAGCUGGUCCCAGCCCUCACACUCUGCGUCGAGCUGUGAAGAAGCCUGCCCCGGCACCCCCCAAACCAGGAAACCCGCCUCCUGGCCACCCCGGGGGUCAGAGCUCUCCUGGUACAGGCACAUCCCCAAAGCCGAGCACACGCAGCCCUUCGCCGCCCCUGCAGCAGGCCCCGGGCAUGCGCCGCUGCUCCAGCAGUCUGCCUCCCAUCCAGGCGCCCAGCCACCCACCACCACAGCCCCCCACACAGCCCCGGCUGGGCGAGCAGGGACCAGAGCCGGGCCCCACGCCACCGCAGACCCCCACACCACCCAGCACCCCGCCCUUGGCCAAGCAGAAUUCCUCGCACAGUGAGACUACACAGCUGCAUGGAACCCUCCCAAGGCCGCGACCCGUGCCCAAGCCUCGCAACCGGCCAAGCGUGCCGCCACCCCCGCAUCCGCCUGGCACCCACGCGGGGGAUGGCAGCCUCACGCCUGCGGCGGCGCCCACAGCGCCUACAGCCUCCAGAAUCGUCACUGAUGCCCUUCCUAGUGCCCUCACAGACACCAAUUCUAGGGUUUCAGAAUCACUUCGCAACAUCUUUCCUGAAAUACAUUCAGACUUGGCAAGCAAAGAAGUGCCUGGCCACAUUCUGCUGGACAUAGACAAUGACACAGAAAGUACCGCAUUGUGAGAAGAGCCACUCCAGCCUUUGGCCCUCCAUCCCGGUGAGCGGAACUGGGUCAGGCAGGCAAGCCUCUGUCCCUGCAGACCAAACAGUGAAAAGCUUUCAGUGGGGGAAGGAAGGUCUGACUCCACAGGACUAGACUCCCACGGCCCAAGGAGAAGGUGAAGGGCCAGUACUCAAAGCUGAAUGACCUGGGUCGUGAAGGAGUUGGCUUGCUUUAUAAAUGGACGAAAAUCAUGCCAAAAAUGAUAGAACAAAGACAUACCUACAGCGGAAAGAGUAUUAUUACUGCUGAGAUAUAUAUGGGAGGCCUUUGCCCAUGCUGUUAACACAGACAGCCACUUGGAGUGACUAAGAGACUUACCUAUCUAUUUAAUAAAACACAUUAAUUAUGCAAGUUACCUACUUCCUGCUACUUGGACUUUGGUCACCACGCACCAGAGGGAGCUUCUGUUCCUUCAGACUCGCUGCAGACUCCUUUUGUAUUACAUACAGCCUGUGUCUCCUCCAACCCCAGAACCUCGGGCAUUGAUGGCGACUGCUGGCUCUGUCGCCUCAUCAAACUGGAUGUGAGUCGUGCCUUGUGGAUUGCCAGACUAUGGAGAGAAAUAUACUGUUCUUUUUUAAAAAAACAAAACGAAACAAAACAACGUAAUUGCUACUUGAUAAAAGUUGAAUGUUAUUCUAGUUUCGUGUUUAAUUUGAAUUAAAUAUAUUCUGUGGUUUAUAUGAAAA